CUAGUUACAAAGUCCACUCGGAUUGUAGCAUCACACAUAUUGCAAUCAUUCCAAUAAUUCCAAUACCAGUUUAGUUGAAACAAGACAUUAGUAAAUAGUGUUGUAGUUGUGAUUGUAUGGCUAGCACAUUAAGGAGGUCAGCCUACCAUGCAGCAAGGAGGUUGAGCAUUCCAGCUUUAAAGCUUGUUAUUCGUAACAAUAGCACUUUGGAGAAGAAUAUUCUAACAUCAGUUUUCAAAGACAUUCCUAAAGUGAAUUAUACCGUCCCCGAGUUUGUUUGGCAGAAUUUGGACAGAUGGCCAGAUAAGACUGCAACUGUGUGUGCAGUGACAGGCCAUGGCUACACAUACGCGCAAACACACAGGAUGUCCGUCGCUUUCGCGGCCUCACUCCGAACCAAGUUAAAGUUAAAGAAUGAUGACAAGGUGGCGAUAAUCCUGCCCAAUCUCCCCGAGUAUCCCUGCGCGCUGCUCGGAACGUUAGAAGCAGGCUGCAUUGCCAGUCUCAUGAACCAUGCCUACACUGCUCACGAGCUGCAACACCAGUUAGCCAAAAUCGACUGCCAAGCGAUAAUCGCCUCUAAACUCUCCUACGCCAGCAUAAAAGAGGCCCUAAAUGCCCUAAAGAAAGACAUUCCUGUAAUCCUAGUCGAUAACGAUAACCUACCAGAAGGCACGAUAAAAUUCGCCGAAUUCGCUGAAGAUUUUAACCUGUGUACGGACUGUUUGAAGUCGGUGAAGAGAGGGCCAGAUGAUGUGGCGAUUCUGCCGUUCUCUAGCGGGACUACCGGGUUCCCGAAGGGUGUGGUGUUGAACCAUAGGAGUGUGGUGGCUAUGAACCAGCAAAUAGCUGAUCCGGAGAUUGUUGUUAUUGAGGAGACUUCUGAAACCCACCAGGCCGUGCUUCCAGCGAUCCUGCCUUUCUUCCACAUAUUCGGCUUCAACGCGCUCAUGGUGAACCAGAUGUACCUCGGCGUGAAGCUGGUCACCAUGCCUUACUUCAAGCCGGAGCUGUUCCUUCAGACCCUCGUCAAGUACCAGGCUAGUGUGCUGUUCCUCGUGCCGCCCAUGGGUAAGAUGAACCAGAUGUACCUCGGCGUGAAGCUGGUCACCAUGCCUUACUUCAAGCCGAAGCUGUUCCUUCAGACCCUCGUCAAGUACCAGGCUAGUGUGCUGUUGCUCGUACCGCCCAUGGGUAAGAUGAACCAGAUGUACCUCGGCGUGAAGCUGGUCACCAUGCCUUACUUCAAGCCGGAGCUGUUCCUUCAGACCCUCGUCAAGUACCAGGCUAGUGUGCUGUUCCUCGUGCCGCCCAUGGGUAAGAUGAACCAGAUGUACCUCGGCGUGAAGCUGGUCACCAUGCCUUACUUCAAGCCGGAGCUGUUCCUUCAGACCCUCGUCAAGUACCAGGCUAGUGUGCUGUUGCUCGUACCGCCCAUGGGUAAGAUGAACCAGAUGUACCUCGGCGUGAAGCUGGUCACCAUGCCUUACUUCAAGCCGGAGCUGUUCCUUCAGACCCUCGUCAAGUACCAGGCUAGUGUGCUGUUGCUCGUGCCGCCCAUGGUGGUGUUCCUGGGCAAGCACCCGGCGGUGCAGGCGGAUCACCUACGGAGCGUGUACGGCGUCAUCAGCGGCGCCGCGCCCGUCUCGGAGGCCGACGCCGCCGCCGUGCUCAGGAAAAACCCAAAUAUAAACUUCCGCCAAGGCUACGGCCUCACAGAGACCAACGGCGGCAUCGCGAUCGGCUUCAACACGGACGCCAACCACGCGUCGGUCGGACACGUGUUCCCCAGCUCGCAAGUCAAGAUCGCGGACAUUCAGACACAAGAGGCGCUGCCUGCUGGAAAGGAAGGUGAAAUCUUGUACCGCGGGCCCAACCUGAUGCAGGGCUACUACAAAGACGAGGAGGCUACCCGCGAGGUGUUCCAAGACGGCUGGUAUAAGACCGGCGACAUCGGCAAGUACGACGACAAGAAAUACCUCUAUGUCACCGAUAGGAUGAAGGAGCUUAUUAAGGUAAAAGGCUUCCAAGUAGCCCCCGCCGAACUAGAAGCGAUCAUCCGAACUAACCCCAAAAUCGCGGACUGCGCCGUUUUGGGCAUCCCCGACCCCGUGACAGGGGAAGUCCCAAAAGCUUUCAUAGUGACCCAGCCGAAUCAGACCAUCUCGCCUGAGGAACUGAAGGAAUAUGUGAAUAGUAAGCUAGUCUCGUUCAAACAUGUUAAGGAGGUUCAGAGCAUUGAUGCUAUACCUAAGAACCCGGCUGGUAAGAUCUUGAGAAAAGAUUUGAAGGCUAAGUACUGUUAAAGUAUGAAAUGAUUCAUUGGUGUAAGAUGUGUGGAGUCUAAUGCUCUAGUUUCCUAG